AAAUGCGUAUGUUUGUGUGCGUGUGUGUAGAUGUUUUGAUUCUCCACUGUGUUCUUUACUCAUUUCUUGAAAAGCAGCUAGUAUUUUUUAAGUCAUUCAGUACUUUGGAUGACAGUUUUCAUUACGAAUGAUAAAUUUCUAGAAAAUACAAUAGCAAACUAAAUAUUAAUUUUCGAUGUCUAAAUCUUCACAAAUUCUAUAAUUAAAUGCAAUAAUUUACUGAGAAAUAAAAUUUGGUUGUACGCCGACGGAACUCUAAUGACGGAGAGUCAAGUGUGAUAAAUAAAAAACAUAGAACGAAUAUAAGUGCAAAACAUAAUGAGUAUUCACUCAUAUAAGGAAACAGAAAGUUUUAUCACCUUACCGCUGGGCGAGAUCAAGGGGCGAGUAUGCAAAACAAUCUACGAUCAGACGUUUCACAGUUUCGAAGGUAUACCAUUUGCUGAACCACCAUUAGGCGAAUUGCGCUUCCGCGCGCCAGUACCGGUUAAACCAUGGAAGGGCGUUAAGGACUGUACAAAAUGUGCCAGUAAGCCUCUGCAGCAAAACCCGCUAAAUGAUAGCAUAGAAGGAUCCGAAGAUUGCCUAUAUUUAAAUAUCUAUGCAAAGCGGUUACAUUCGGAAAAACCUUUACCUGUUUUGGUAUUUAUAUGCGGUGGUUCUUUUCGUUCAGGUGGUGCCAGAAGAGAAACAUAUGGUCCUGACUUCUUUAUGAAUGAAGAUGUGGUGCUUGUUACCUUUAAUUAUCGGUUAUGCUCUUUAGGUUUUCUCAGUCUCGCCGAUCCCUCACUUCGUAUACCUGGUAAUGCUGGUCUGAAAGAUCAGGUGCUCGCACUUAAGUGGGUGAAACAGUACAUAUCAUACUUCAAUGGUGAUCAUAAGAAUGUUACGGUUUUCGGUUCAAGCGCUGGUGCCGCUUCAACUCACCUACUGAUGCUGUCUGAGCAGGGACAUGAUCUAUUUAAACGUGCCAUUGCCAUGUCUGGUUGCGCGCUAAAUUAUUGGGUUAAUAUGCCGCAAACAAAUAUGGCAUAUCGCUUGGCAAAAUUCCAUGGUUACCAUGGUGACAAUAUCGAUGAAAGCGUUUUAAACUUUCUAAAUAAGCUGGAACCUACAAAAUUGGUGGUGCACACUUUAUUGAACAGAGACGAAGAGCGUAAAUCGUACAUGUUCCCAUUUGGUCCGAUAGUUGAGCCUUAUGUGGAAGAGGAUUGUGUUAUACCGGAGCGUCCCUUUCAAAUGCUUAAGAAUGCAUGGAGCAAUAAAAUACCAAUGAUGAUAGGAGGCACUUCGUUUGAAGGCCUGGUUAUGUAUAAUAAGCUCAAGAGAAAUCCUGACAUUAUGAAGGUUUUAUGCAAUGAGCCAGCAUUAAUACUACCCGAAGAUGUCUUCAAUUCAAAUACCUCAAAAGAAAACAAACGAAUGGGCGAACAACUUUUGAAAUUGCAUUUUGGCGAGAAAGAGCCCAAUGAUCACGCGCUGUUUCAUUAUCUAGAUGUAUAUAGUUACAAAAUCUUUUGGCACGAUUUGCAUCGCACCAUUUUGGCGCGCUUAAGCUUUGCGCUAGCACCUACUUUUCUGUAUCGUUUUGGUUUCGAAUCAGCAGAUUCUAAUAUUAAUCGCCAGCGAUAUUCUAUUGAUGACAAGGUGCGUGGUGCAGCUCACGGCGAUGACUUGUGCUAUCUCUUCCAUUCACGCGAGUCACGAAAGUUAUAUCCAAACUCUGCCGAAUAUAAAACCAUGAAGCGUAUGAUAAGCAUGUGGACCACAUAUGCUACUACUGGCGAUCCCGAUUCACAAACAACGGAUCCAAUUAUUUGGGAUGCCGUAACGAAAUAUUAUAACCUGCGCGGAGUUAAUAUUGGUAACCAUUUGGUUUUUCAGACAAUUCCAGAGGCAGACAAAUUGGAAGCGUGGGCGAAGUUAUAUAAAAGUCCGGAGCAACUGUGUGGUGCCCGAAAGGUAGACGAUUAUAAUUGGGGCGAUCCAUUACCACCAUUGUUAUGAUAAUUCGAUGAGGUCAAGAGUACUCCGACAGAUCGCAGUCGUUAAUAACAUUUAAUACUUAGAGACUUCUAAGAAUUCCUCAUUUGCAAGGAAGUAUCAUAAAAAAUCAAAACUAAUUUUAUUUCUCAGUGAAAUAUUUUAAAUAGGAAAAAAACAAAUUACAUACACAUUCAUAGAUAUAAUUGUUUAGAAUAAAAAUU